AGGAAUUCGCUCGGGACGUGGCCGGGGUCCUCCUCAGGGGGGGGAGGGGCGGCGCCUCCGACCCCUCCCCCACCCCCGACGGCGCCCGGGAGCUCUUCCUGAAGCUGAUGGGCGGAGCCUUCCCCGGAUUCGACGCCCGGGACCCCCAAAUUUGGAGCCCCCCCGAGACCCCCCCGAAACCUGACGAGGCUCCGCCCCUUCCCGUGGAGCCGCCCUCGAGCGACCACACCUACGCCAGGUGGCGCCAGGAGCCCGCCCCGCCCCCCACAGGUGAGGAGGGGGCGGAGCCGGAAGUGCCGAAGGCGGCGGGCGGGGGAGGGGCGGACGAGCGGCAAUGCACGCUGUGCCUGCAGAGCGGGGACGCACCUGCACAGGACGAGGGGCGCCUCCUGUACAUGGGGCAGAACGAGUGGACCCACGUCAACUGCGCCCUGUGGUCGGCCGAGGUCUUCGAGGAAGGCGACGGAACUCUCCGGAACGUCCACGCCGCCGUGGCCAGGGGCCGGCAAAUGCGCUGCGAGCACUGCGGUCGCCCCGGGGCUACCGUCGGCUGCUGUUUGGCCGCUUGCGCCGCCAAUUAUCACUUCAUGUGCGCCCGGCGCUGCCAGGCCGCCUUCCUCAGGGACAAGAGAGUGUUCUGCCAACGCCACGGGCGCCUGCUGGGCGGGGACGAGCUGGUUCGGGACGGGGGCUUCGCGGUGCUGCGCCGAGUGCUGGUGGAUUUCGGGGGGAUCAGCCUCAAGAGGAAAUUUUUGGGGGGUCUGGAACCCGAAGCCGUCAACGUCAUGAUCGGCUCCAUCCGCAUCGAUCGCCUGGGGGCGCUGACGGAGCUGUCGGAGAGAGACGGGCGGCUCUUCCCAGUGGGAUACCAGUGCUGGAGGCUGUACUGGAGCACCAGGGACGCCCGGCGCCGGUGUUGGUAUCGCUGCCGGAUCCUGGAGCAGCCGCCCGGAGCCGUCGGGGGAGGGGCCGGGACCCCCCCGGGACCCCCCCCCGAGCACAACCGGACCAUCGCCCACGGCAGCCCCGGUGUCAGCCCCGGGGGAGGGGGAGGGGAGGAGGGUGGGGGAGGGCGGCUCCCGGCCCCUCCCCCCCCCGGGCCACGCCCCCUCGGUGCCGCGUCACAUCCCCACCGUGGGGGACCCCGAGGUGGCCCCGAGGUGUCCCCGGUGGCCGCGCCGGCCUCGGCACCCCAAGGACGCCGUGACGUCAUCGAAGGGGGCGGGGCCCAGCCUCAGGUCAGUGGUGACGUCAUCGAAGGGGGCGGGGCCCAGCCUCAGGUCAGUGGUGACGUCAUCGAAGGGGGCGGGGCCAAGCCUCAGGUCAGUGGUGACGUCAUCGAAGGGGGCGGGGCCCAGCCUCAGGUCAGUGGUGACGUCAUCGAAGGGGGCGGGGCCCAGCCUCAGGUCAGUGGUGACGUCAUCGAAGGGGGCGGGGCCAAGGCUCAGGUCAGUGGUGACGUCAUCGAAGGGGGCGGGGCCGAGCCUCAGGUCAGUGACACCCCCAGGGGUGACGUCAUCGCCUGGUGA